CAUUUCUGGCCUUUCAUCAAUAAACGGGGAUUGCUAGAAUUUAUUACGAUUUUCUCACCUUAUCAUCACCAACUCACCUCUCUUGAACAUGAAAUAAUUCGAAAAAUUCAAUAUCGCAACAAGUUACCAAAUGUUUUAGCCAAGACAUACCUGAAUACCUUCUCUCCAGCCGGCCGCCUUCAUUCUUGUUAUAGGUCCACCCUUGACCGGCUUCGGAGUACGCCUACUCAUAAAGUAGAACUAAGCGCCAGAUCGUCAUCAGCCAAGCCAUGGAUUCGCCAGAUCGCAGCCACGGGGGCAUGUUUAUCGACGUGCCCGCCGACGCCAUGGGCUCUCAAGAAGACUAUUUGGACAUGUUCGCGUCCGUUCUCAGCCAGGGUUUGGUCAAUGAGGGCGACUACGUUCAACCACUCCCAGCAGCCGAGGAGGAGUGCCCCGAGCCCAUAGCGGCGACGACCAUCACACCAAGUCUUGACGACCCUCAACUUCAACUCGAGCUAGAGCUCCAGCAGCAACUCCAAGCCGAAUCCGGUCUGAAUAGCGUUGAACCUGCGCCUGAGUCCGAAGACGAGGCGGAUCUCCCUGAUGGAUUUUCAGACGAGGGCCUAGAUGACGACUUCGUGGUCCAGCGCAGUAAGCACAUUACUGUUGACUUAGCAGUAUCGACUCUGAUAAACCCAAGGUCGACAUUCCAAAGACUCGAUGAAAACGAUAAUCCCAUACCGUUCUCCCCGCAGCCGACUACUGAGCGCGUAGCUGUUGAAGAUCUCUUGAGAGCUGCGAAAGCAGCUGGCAAGACCAAAGAGGAUUAUAUCGAAUUCGAGCUACACGACUUCAACUUCUACGUAAACUAUGCUUACCACCCUCAAGAAAUGCGGCCAAUUCAGCUUAUAGCGACCAAGGUACUGCACGACAAGUAUUACUUUGACGGAGUGCUGAAAUUCGGCAACACCAAGCACUACGUCACCGGCAUGCAAGUGCUUGAGCUGCCUGUUGGCAACUACGGUGCGUCUCUGCACACCGUCAAGGGCCAGAUCUGGGUUCGAUCCAAGCACAACGCCAAGAAAGAAAUCUACUACCUACUCAAGAAGCCCGCGCUGGAAUACCAGAGGUUUUACCAACCGUUUCUUUGGAUUGCCGACCUCGGAAAGCAUGUCGUUGACUAUUGCACCCGCAUGGUGGAAAGGAAGCGCGAGGUUACGCUGGGCUGCUUCAAGAGCGACUUCAUCCAGUGGGCUUCCAAGGCCCACGGGAAGUCAAAGGCAUUCCAGAAGUGGCGGGCGCAACACCCCAGCGACGAUUUCCGGACUUCUGUCGCCGCCAAUAUAGGUUACAUUUGGAAGGAAAUCAAUGGCGUGGCAGGCGCUAAGAGAGCAGCGGGGGACCGACUCUUCCGGGAACUUAUAGCCGUUAAGCCCGGUCAGUAUUUCAGACAAGAGGUUCCUCCAGGGCCGGUUGUCACCGAAGGCGAUCGAACUGUUGCGGCUACCAUCGUCACUCCGUAUAUAAAGGAGUGCUUUGGUCACAUGAUUCUUGGAAAGGUGUUACGGUUGGCAGGGGAGGACGCGGAGAAAGAGAAGGAGGUAAAGCUCGCAAAGCGUGUCAAGAAAGAAACCAAGGAUGACACCAAGGGCGAUACCAAGGAUGAAAACGCGACAGAGAGUCUGCCGACACCACUUCAGCCCUUGCCAGUGCAGCAAGUGUCAGAGGUAAUGCCUAUCGACUCGGAUGUCGUAUCCAUCGUAUCCUCGGACGUUCUUCCGCCAGAAAACAAUUUACCGCCUUCAACGAAGGAGAACGUCAAGCCUAAAGCGCAACCAAAACCAAAACCAAAAACCGAACAACUCCACCCGGCCUAUAUCAAAUACUUGGCUCAGGACCUUGUCGACCAAAUCAAGAUCGGAGAUGUCAUCUCAACCCCCCGAGAUGAUAGCUCCAACACAGACACCAAAUGGAAACCCGCCGACACGGACGACCACAGGUGGUUUGGUCUCGUUCAGAAAGUCCAUACUGCCAAGACAAAAAGUGGCCGUGGCCUUGGCCCAAAGAGUUUCGAUGUCAUUUGGUUUUACCGACCAGAAGACACACCGUGCUGUGCCAUGAAGUACAAGUGGCGCAACGAACUCUUCCUUUCCAACCAUUGCACGUGUCAGGAAGGGCAUUAUGCCCGUGUCAAGGGAAAUGAGGUGCUUGCCGUUCAUCCGGUGGACUGGUUCGGUAGUCCAGAAAGUGGCAAGGACGAGUUUUUUGUCAGACAGUUGUACGAGAGUGAACAACGUCGGUGGGUAACACUACAGGAGGCACACUUGACUUGUUAUCAUAACCAGCCGCCAAAACCGCCGACACCCCCUUAUAAGCCUGGCGAUACUGUCCUUGCGACUUUGUCUCCUUCUGACAAGUUCUCGGAACCAUAUGAAGUCGUGGACUUCUUUACGCAAGGAGAGAAAGAUACACCGUUCGUGCGACUAAGAAAGCUGUUGCGCCGACGAAAGGUUGAUCGUCAGGAUGCUCCACCCAACGAGCUGGUCUAUACCGAAGAUUUGGUCGAGGUUCGGACCGAGAGAAUCGUAGGCAAGUGUCUUGUGAGAUUCUUUCGCCCGGACGAGCGAAUCCCAAGUCCCUACGAUAGAGGAGGAACGGGGAACAUAUUUUUCAUUACGCAUAGGCAAGAUGAUGGGAAAUGCGUUCCUCUCAAGACAUUCCCAAGCACUUUACGCCAAGGAUUCAACCCCUUUGGGAACCCUGGCAAGCCCAAGUUGAAGGGUCUGGAUCUAUACUGCGGCGGUGGUAACUUUGGACGAGGCAUAGAAGAGGGUGGUGUUGUUGAGAUGUGCUGGGCCAACGAUAUUUGGGAUAAGGCCAUCCAUACCUACAUGGCCAAUACCCCGGAUCCGGACAAGACUCGCCCUUUUCUUGGCUCUGUGGACGACCUUCUCCGUCUUGCCCUGGAGGGUAAAAUUUCCGACAAUGUGCCGCGGCCUGGUGAAGUCGACUUCAUUGCCGCCGGUAGCCCGUGCCCCGGGUUCUCGCUUCUCACUCAGGACAAGAAAGUUCUCAACCAAGUCAAGAACCAAUCCCUGGUGGCCUCGUUCGCGUCCUUCGUCGACUUCUAUCGACCAAAGUACGGUGUCCUAGAGAACGUCUCGGGCAUCGUGCAAACGUUUGUGAAUCGGAAGCAGGACGUCCUUUCACAACUGUUUUGUGCCCUCGUCGGUAUGGGCUACCAAGCCCAGCUUAUCCUCGGAGACGCCUGGGCACACGGCGCCCCUCAAAGUCGUGAACGCGUGUUCUUGUACUUUGCUGCGCCCGGUCUUCCUCUUCCAGACCCACCUCUACCGUCUCACUCCCACUACCGCGACAAAAACCGGAACAUUGGGUUUCUCUGCAACGGCGAAUCGUACGUCCAAAGAAUCUUCGUCCCCACAGCCUUCAAAUUCGUCAGCGCCGGCGAAAGCACCGCCGACCUUCCCAAGGUCGGGGACGCCAAGCCGGAGGCAUGCACCCCUUUCCCCGACCAUCGUCCUGCGGCCGGAAUCACGCCCUACUGCCGCGCCCAGUACGCCUGCAUCCCUACCCACCCGUACGGCAUGAGCUUCAUCAAGGCGUGGAACAAAGGAAACGGCGUCAUGAGCAAGGGAGACAGGGACCUGUUCCCCAGCGAAGGCACGACCCGCACGAGCGAUGCUUCGGUGGGUUGGCGGAGGCUUAAUCCCAAGACGUUGUUCCCUACUGUUACUACUUCCUGCAAUCCCAGCGAUGCGCGCAUGGGACCAGGAUUGCAUUGGGAUGAAGACCGGCCGUAUACGGUCCAGGAGAUGCGUCGGGCGCAAGGGUACCUGGAUGAGGAAGUCCUGGUGGGACGGACGGCAGACCAGUGGAAGCUGGUGGGGAAUAGUGUUUCUAGGCAUAUGGCGUUGGCUAUUGGGCUGAAGUUCCGGGAGGCAUGGUUGGGGACGCUGUAUGAUGAAAGCGCUGGUACUGCUACCGCUACUGCUACCGCUGCUGCUGCUGUUGGUAUCACGGUACCGGUUAUGGAAGAGGCGAGGAUUGGUACGACUGACUCUACGAGGCCGUCGAGGUCGCCUGUUCCUACUGCUGUUGACCUCGACGACUCGAAGAGCGAGAGAUCGAGGAGUACUACGCCGGCGACGGUGAUUUCUGUCUCAUCGGGUGCAGCAGGGUCAGAUGAUGACAACGAUAUCGAGAUGACUGUGGUGACGAGGAAGAGAAGGUCACCUCUCGUUGAGGAGGGAAUGCGACCUAGUAAGGUGCAGAAGGUGGAUGAAGUGAAAAGGGCAUCUAGGAGGAGUUCAACCAGGCAGUCAUCUAGGCAGGCAUCCCGACAAGCAUCCAGGAACCCGACUACCGCGCCAGUAACCAGCAACAGCAACAGCAACAACAAGGCCACGACCUACGAAGCCGCGCCAGAGGAGCCCGUAUCAGAUGCCGAGUCCUACCCUGAAAACUACGACCCGGAGGGUUUCGAUGGUGAUUACCACGGCGGCGGUCAUCACGAUGAAGAAAAUAAGGAGGACGAGGAAGAGGAGGAAGCAGAAUACGCAGAACCAGAAACGAUCACGGUCAACGGCAUGACGAUUGUCAAGUUGUAGUGCGACGAGGUAGCGUCAUACCCGGGAUCGUGGGAGUCGUGGGUGGUUUGAUUGUUGUUCCGUGGUUUGUUGUUUGGAGGACGCAUCGACGAGUGCGGACAGGGGAACAUGGAUUGAGUAUGGGUGUCUUGA